AUGUCAUCCGAGCUUGAAGUAUUAAUCACUGAGUUUGAGGCUAAGAAAACUGACGAGAAAGCUAGGCUUGAAGCAUUGAGACAGAGCUUCGCCGAGCUUGAGGCUAGAAUUUUAAAACUAGAGCAGGAUCAGGCAGAAAGAGAAACUAAGAAAAAUCGCAAAUUCCAGACCAAGUGCAUCCAGAUAGCUAAGGAAAUUCUUAAUGAGGAACCUAUGAUCGAAUAUCGCCCUCCUUUCUUGAACGGAUUAGAGCUUGAUGCCUUCUUCCAAAAAUAUCGAAUUGCAUUGGAGGUGCAAGAGGCUCAGCAUCGGCUUCAUAGCACUAGCUGGUAUAAGGAUGUUAAAAAACUCGAAGACAUUGUUAAUCGUGAUCGGCAAAAACGAUGCAUGUGUCAAGAUAAUGGAAUUUCCCUUCUUGAAGUAUGGUACGACGAAAAACCAGAAAUUGUCAUUCCAGAAAGGAUACGAAAAAUUAAGGACGGAAGUUAUUCCAAAGAAAUGUCACUUCCAAGGGAAUUUAGUGAAGAGACAAAAAAUCUUCUUGCAGUAUGGCGUGAUAUUAUUCUUGAAAAACAUAAAGAUGAUGAUGAUGAAAUUUUUUGUAGUGAUCCAUUAUUGAUUAUUGAAUACCAUCAACCGGGUACUCCCGGCUAUACUCCUAACCCGUUUCCCAAUGUCACACAUCCUCCGCAAUCGAAUUCAGUCUUCGCAUUCAAUAGAAUGCAAACAAUGGAUGAUGCUGUUGCACGAUUACUUAGAAGUUAUAGUAACCUUGUGUCGGGACGACCAGACCCUGUUGUUGGACAAGUAUACGUAGUGGAGUUUCGCAGGGCUAAUACAUACGAAGUUUCUGAACGGACCAGUGUUUUUGACUGA